GCCUUUACCAUCGUUCCAUGGCAGAAUACCUUGGACUAUCUUAUCGCGAACGUGUUCUGAAGAAAUAAAGAACUGAUUCAAACUGCUAAAUCUAUGAUACUUUUAACAAGUUGAGCUUCGCACAUACAUAAUGGUGGGAAUCUCGUUCGGGACUAUCAAGUCCAUCGUAAUAUUCUUCGGGCCAUUGAUUCUACCCAAAGCAAUCGGCUACUAUCGAUCGCAGCGCGCAGCUCCUCAAGCCCACGGCCUCGCAGUUCGACCCGUUCCUCUAAAUGUAUCUCGCGCUCUCACGAUCCUCUUCAUAACCUCUCUCGCUUUCCUCAUUAAAACCUUCCCUACUUUUACCACUCCUUCGCUCUUCACACUCACCCAGUCCCGUCUACAAAUUCCAACCGAUGUCCUCUUUACUCGUCUACAGACAUUACGUUCCGCUAGUCUUACUCCCAACGACGAAAUCCUCAAAAAUGCAUUUACAAGUAAAGAGUCACGACUCUUAUAUCUAAAAUACGGCCCAGAUCCCAUGAUAAACUGUCUCUUCUGCACCCCCGAGGAUCCUACAUCCUACAUGUUCUAUUCCCUCGUAAGCAUCGCCAUACCACAUCUUUUCAAUCUCUGCGUUCUGGCUCUCGCAACCAGUACCCUCUUUAUUGGCAAAGAAGCAAAUAUCUGGCGCGGAAAAGCCACCACUCUAGCCGGCGCAAUCGCGAUCCUCGAUAUCUAUCUCGUCACACAAUAUAAACAUACGAAUAAUUCUACUGCACUCAAACUUGAGGAUAUCGAUCACUUUUAUUGGAACAUGCAACUUUAUCGCAAUAUAGCAUUAGCAGCACUAGAUGGGCUCAUUGGUUGGGUCCUUUACCUAUCUUCCACACACCGAGCAUUCCUCACUCCCCCUACGACUGCAGAGAAAAUAGAAGCUACGACGAGAAUUAUAGACCAGGCGAGAGGGAAAUUAACCGCCAUGGCAUUAAUGCGUAACACGACGGUGAGAGAUAAAGAGUUGAGGGGAAAAGUAAACGAAUAUUGGGUGAGAGAAGCGAACGUUAUGUCAGAGGUGCUAGAGACUAGGGAGGUUGUGGAUGGUGUUAGAAAUGCAUUGGAGGGUAGAGUUGAUUUGGCAGUGGUGCAAAAAGAGGCAGAUGCCUUUGCGGAGGCUGUUCUUGGGGGUGUAGGGACCGUGGUUAUGUAAUUUUAUGGUGUGUUUUUUUUGCACGCAUCAAUACAUCCUCAAUUUUUAAAUAGUUUUGAUUUCUUUCAACACAUUUUUUUUUUUUUUUUUUUUCAAACAAACCUUCAUUGCAGAGAAGCUAGAUCAAAUGACAUGAGCAUAAGUUUUGA